AUUUGUCCAUAUGUGGCCUACAUGAAACCCGAUUUUGAAGAAAAUAUAAAUAGGGCUGCGACGACCUGAUCUAUCAGUUGACAGUUACUCUCUACCCGGAAGAUUUCACGCAAAAUAAAAUGAUGUAUAAAGGACUAUUCAUUAUACUUUUUGCUUGCGCUAUUGAUCAGGUCCUACCGAUACCUCACAAGCUAACAGUUCAAGGUGGAUUAUUCCAAAAAAUUGGGGAAGCUGCUGUCAAGGUUUUCCAGGAGAAAGAAAAGCAUGCUAAGGAUACAUUCAACUCGAUGGUUGUGACGGGGAAAGUCAUUUUCAACGCUACUAGACAAUCAUUAAACUCCACAUUAACACUUGCGAAAUUACCUUUCCGAUUUGCAUUAAAAUUGUUUCGAAAAGGCCCCAAAAAAUCAGUAGAAACCACGACCAAAAAGCCAGACGAGCCUCAAAAUGACGUCACGACAAUGCAACCAGAGCAGUCUACAAAUGGCACCCCCAUGGACAAGCCAGAAAAGCUCACAAAAAAAGUGUCCAUUAAGCGUGCCGUGAAGCCUAGAAAAGAAAUCCCGAGCAGAAAGCCAGAGAAGUUUAUACAUGAGUCCAUAACCGAGCUUCCGCCCGUGCAGCUGGAGACGACAACAACUGGGAUUUCGUCCGAACAGCUGGAGCAGACAACAAACCAAACCCGAACGAACCAGUCCGAAAAUUUUACCAACUCCACGCCAGCCAGAAAAGCAGAAAAGUCAAUAACUGAGGCUCCAAUUAAACAGCUAGAGGAUCCAGUAGGUAAUCGUCUGGUUGAACAGUCAAAGAAACCCAACAAUGAAAUUCCUGCCAAACAUCGAAAAAAGUUCAAUGGGAAGAUGCCGACGAAGCAGAGGGAGAAGUUUAAAAACAAGGUGUUGGCCAACCAGACGAAGACGCCUAAUUUAAAUGAAGUUUCAACGAAACAGCCAUUCCAGCAGGAAACGACCGAGAUUCCGUCCUCGCUGCCAGAAACAGCCACAAAGACCACAUUGGAGCAGCUCGAAAAGGUGGUGCCAGUUAAUCAGACAGAAGUACCUACCGAGGAAUCACUCAUUAUGCACUCAGAGAAGCCAGUGAACGAGUCUACGAAACUGGGAGAGGAGCUUCUAACGGAGACAUUGGAGGAAUCAAUGAAUAAGACUCCAGCCAAGGUACCAGAGAAACCUCCCAACGAUGUUCCAGUCACCAAUUCCAGUUGGACAAUCGACGAACUGAUUGAUGAAAAAUUCUUAAUUGACGAAUCUGAUGCGGAUUUAUUGUAUUUACUUUUAUCCAAAUUCACGCGUCAAGAAUAG